AUGUUGUCGAAAAAAGGUCGAUAAAGAAAUUUUGAAAGAUAUCAAUGGGGUUAUGAGAUCAGGACUGAAUGCAAUUCUGGGACCUACUGGCAGUGGCAAAUCUUCGCUUUUGGAUAUUUUAGCUGCAAGGAAAGAUCCUCAUGGGCUAUCUGGAGAUGUUUUGAUAAAUGGAGCUCCUCAGCCUGCCAAUUUUAAAUGCAUCUCUGGAUAUGUGGUACAGGAUGAUGUGGUGAUGGGAACGUUGACAGUGAGAGAAAAUUUUCAGUUCUCUGCAGCACUCAGGCUACCCACAUCUGUGAAGGAACGGGAAAAGAAUGAACGAAUUGAUCAGAUCAUCAGGGAACUGGGGUUGACUAAAGUGGCAGAUUCCAAGGUUGGCACCCCGUUCAUUCGUGGAGUUUCUGGGGGAGAGAGAAAAAGGACCAAUAUUGGAAUGGAACUCAUUACUGACCCUGCAGUCUUGUUCUUAGAUGAACCAACUACUGGAUUGGAUGCCAGCACUGCCAAUGCUGUCUUACUGCUCCUGAAAAGGAUGUCAAGGCACGGGAAAACAAUAAUAUUUUCCAUUCAUCAGCCCCGCUACUCCAUAUUCAGAUUGUUUGACAACCUGACAUUAUUGGCUGCAGGACGAAUGCUGUACCAUGGCCCUGCUCAGAAUGCCAUCGAAUACUUCAAAUCUAUUGGUUAUGAGUGUGAGCCAUAUAACAACCCUGCUGAUUUUUUUCUGGAUGUCAUUAAUGGAGACUCAACUGCUGUGGCAUCAAGCAAGACUGAUGAUGCUGACCUAGAUAACAUUGAAGAACACAUCAACCGUGAUAAGACUUUGGCAGAGAAGUUAGCAGAACACUAUUGCAGAUCCACCUACUACAGAGAAACAGAAGAAGUAUUAGAGAAAAUUUCUUUGGAGAAUAAAAAGAAAGUGAAGACAAUUUUCAGACGAAUUACAUAUGCCACUUCUUUCUUCCAUCAGCUCAAGUGGGUUUCUAAACGCACAUUGAAAAACUUAAUAGGCAACCCUCAAGCCUCUGUAGCUCAGCUGUGUGUUACAAUUUUCCUGGGUCUAGUUGUAGGUGCCAUUUUCUUUGGGAUAAAAGAUGAUUUUACCGGUGUGCAAAACAGAGUUGGAGCAAUGUUCUUCAUGACUACCAAUCAAUGUUUCAGCAGUAUUUCAGCUAUUGAACUUUUUGUCGUGGAAAAAAAGAUAUUUAUACAUGAAUAUAUCAGUGGGUACUACAGAGUGUCUUCAUACUUCAUCUCAAAGCUAAUGGCUGAUCUAAUACCCAUGAGGACUUUACCAAGCAUCAUCUUUACCUGUAUAAUUUAUUUCAUGUUAGGUUUGAAGCCAAGAGCAGAUGCCUUCUUUAUAAUGAUGUUUACUCUUAUGAUGGUAUCCUACACAGCCACUUCUAUGGCGCUAGCGAUUGCAACAGGACAAGAUGUGGUAGCUGUGGCUAAUCUACUCAUGACCAUCACAUUUGUUUUUAUGAUUAUUUUCUCCGGGUUGUUGGUAAAUCUCACGAGCAUCAUGUCUUGGCUCUCCUGGUUGCAAUAUUUCAGCAUUCCUCGAUAUGCCAUGACAGCUUUGCAAAUUAAUGAAUUUACUGAUCUGAAAUUUUGCAAUGAUAGCACUAAUACAAGUCCGACGGAUAUGAACUGCACACAACUUAGCCAACCGUAAGUAUAUGUUUUGCAUUAAAAUAAAUCCCACUACAAGGCAUCCACAAGAUUUCAAGAGUUUUUUGAAUGUUAGAGAAUUGGAGGUGCAUUCACUACCUACAGUAGGAUUCUUUACAGUAAUAUUUCUUUAAGAAUAAGAAAAAAGCAUUUGGGUUUAGGGUUUGUUUAUUUAUUUAUUUAUUUGGCAUUGUGUGUAUUGCGAUCACAUGCUGCAAAGGCCAUUUAAAAAAAAGAAACAGUAAAGGUAUUGUAGUGCAGUAGAGCUUCGGAAGGGGCUCCUCCCCCUCUGGGUCAGUGGGCAACCACUCUGCCCCACUACACUCAGCUUAGUCUCUUCCGGGAAUUAGCUGUGGUUUUUCAGCUCUGGGACAGUCCACAGUCUCAGAUAGCCGUCAGUGGCAAACAGUUCUCCGGCCAACCCUGAUUCAGGGCGGGGCAGCAGGCAAAUAAACAGUUCAGAACCCAGGCCUUUAUUCAGGGUGUCACAGCAAACAAACAGUUCUGAGCCCAGUCACUUAUUCAGGGAGGGGCGGCAAACAAACAAAUAAACAGUUCUCAAGUCCUAGUCGCUACAAAUCCAGGUAGGCCCCCUUGCUCAGGCAGGGAUCUGGCAGGUUCAGGUUGCUGUUCAGGAACAGCGGAGGGGGGAAACUGCCACCCAAGAGUUGGGUGGCAGGGGGGACACAGGCCCACCCACUCCACUGUGUUCCAGCCUAGGGCCCUAGUAGCAGCAGAGCAGUCUGCUGCUGGGUCAGUGGAGAUUUGUACUGCAACACACUGACCUGGUUCUGGCCCAGCCAAACAGUGGUCGACUACCCCAGGGCUCUUUUCACACUCUGCCUCGGGCUGUACCUGGGCCCUGUAAAGGUCCUUAGGGCUCCAUCGCUUUGGAACCUCUGGCCAGGUAAGCAGUCCUUCUAGGCAGUCACCCAGUUGUGGGCCCAGCGGCCUAGGCCAGUUUUUGGCUUCCCCUGGGUUCAGCUCCUCAUUUGGGCACAUAGGGUAGGCUUCCAGCUCCUUCUGCCAUUGGGCCCUAACUGGCCUCUCUGGCCAGCCUUUUAUAUUCCUGGCCCCGUGUCAUGGCUUCCGGUCAGGAGGGUUGCAGGGCCAGGUUCUGCCCUCCAAUGCUCUGGGAGAAGCUUCUACCCCUCGGGGUCAGUGUGCGGCCAUUCCACCCCACUACAGAUAUGCAUUGCAGUAUUGAUAAGUCUUUGUGAUUUUGCAUUCAUCAUGUCUAUUAAAAAAACCUACAUAAAACAGCGUAUCAGGCAACCUUGCAAUAUCUACUCACCCACUCACCUGGUAAGCUCACUGCUACUAAACUAUUAAUCAUACUACGUGAAAAAUGAAAGUACAUAUUGAAAAGAAUAGGUUGGGUACUUAUAUAGUUCAUCUCACACUCUUUAAUGUAGUUAUCCUCACAACAACAUUGCUGGGGAAAGGAUGUGCAGAUUGGGGAGGCACAGUGGGUAUGCUAUGAGUGCAGGACUUGAAGACCUCUUGAGGCCCUUUCCAGUUCUAAUAGUCUAUUUUUACAUUGCAUCUGGAAACAAGGCUCUCAACAAGUGCAUCUUGUGAUAGCAUGCUAAAAUUAGUUGGGUACACAUUUGCACCUUGGGUUCCUAAGCAUAGGGCAGGAGGCUUGAAAGCCCCAAAGUGUCAAAGCAAGGUCUACAUGACUACACGGCUAGUUUUAGAAGAUUAGCGCAAGCCCUGUUAACACAAGUUUGUGGAUCCAGAUUAAAGGGCUCAUUCGCAGAUGGAGUGUAGACAUAUUCAGUGAGACUAAGGCCUAGUCUACAGUAGGAAAUUAGGUCGGUAUAACACUGUCACUUAGAGAUGUGUGAAAUCCACCAUGAGUGAAGCAGUUAAACCAGCCUAGCCCUUGGUGUAGGCAGUUCUAGGUUGACACGAGAAUUGAUUUAGGUGCAGGAUGUGGGGUACUUAAGCUGACAGGAAAACCUUCACUACUAUAGUGUCUUCACUUAAACACUACCAUAGUGCAGUCACAUUCAUGCCGUAUUUUAAAUGUAGACAUGCCCUCAAGCAAAUAAAAGGUCUAUGGGUACGUCUACACUGCAAGCUUCUUUCAGAAUAAGCUUUUCCGGAA